UAAGGUGGAAGGAUCACCCUCGCCCAGGAGUUCAGGGUUGCAGUGAGCUGUGAUUGAGCCGCUGCCUUCCAGCCUGGGCGACAAUGAGAACCAGUCUCCAGAAAGAAUAGAGAUGAAGCUCCGUGCAUGUGAGCAGCCCCUGCACAUCCUCACCCCAGCCCCUGGCACUGCAUCCCUUUCCUGUCUGAAUUAUGCUGUUGUAGACCUUUUUUUUUUUUGAGACAAAGUUUCGCUCUUGUUGCCCAGGCUGGAGUGCAAUGGCGUGAUCUCGGCCCACCGCAACCUCUGCCUCCCUAGUUCAUGUGAUUCUCCUGCCUCAGCCUCCCAAGUAGCUGGGAUUAGAGGUUCACACCACCACACCCGGCUCAGGUUUUGUAUUUUUCGUAGAGACAGGGUUUCUCCAUGUUGAUCAGCCUGGUCUUGAACUCCCGACCUCAGGUCACCCACCCGCCUUGGACUCCCAAAGUGCUAGGAUUACAAGCGUGAGCCACCUCGCCCUGUUCUAGACAUUUCAUAGAAAUGGGAUCACACACUGUGUGGCCUUCUGUGUCUGGCGUCCCUCACUGAGCAUGACGUCCUCAAGGUUCAUCCACACUGGCCUGUCUCAGAGUGUUGCUCCUUUUCAUGGCUGAGUAAUAUUCCACUGUGUGGAUGGGCCAUGUUGCAUUGGUCCGUUCAUGUGCUGAGAGCGUCUGGGCUGCCUCCACCUUCUGGCUGCCAUGGUAGGGCUCUUGGGGACUUUGUGUAGAGCUGAUGGUGUGGAUGUGUGCCCUCAUUUCUCUCGGGCAGAUACCUAAGACUAGCAUAGCUGGGUCAUCCGCAGAUUUGCUGGGGAGCUGCCAGGCUUUCCCAACAUGGCUGUUCCAUUUUACAUCCCAGCCAUGAUGGCGAUGUGUUGGGUUGGGUGCCUGGCAUCUUGUAGCGUGACCAUAUGGGGCACGCAGGGCAUCCUGUAGGUGGCUGCCCUCAUUUCCUGGAGAGCACGAGUUGCUAGCGCUUGUCUGCGGCAGGCUGAGAGCAGAGCCCUGUGUCCAGGUCUGUGCGUGCCCGGCUGCCUCUCUGCAAGCUCCACCCCGGGUUAUGUGCAAGCAGCUGUUGGGGCCUGGCCCAAACGUUAGAACGAGGCCCCUUCCUAGCCUGGCCUUGCCGCUGGAACCUGGAGGUGGAAGGAGAUUGAUCUUACAGCUGUCACUCACAUACCUGUUCUCUGUGGGGUCUUUUCCUAAGACUGUGACCCAAAUUCCGUCUCUAGAAUGUUCUGGAAAUGUGAGGCAUCCUCCCAGAGCCGGGGCCCAUCCUCCUGUAGCCCGAGCGGGAAGAAGUUCCGCAGCAAGCCGCAGCUGGCGCGCUACCUGGGCGGCUCCAUGGACCUGAGCACCUUUGACUUCCGCACCGGGAAGAUGCUGAUGAGCAGGAUGAACAAGAGCCGCCAGCGCGUGCGCUACGACUCCUCCAACCAGGUCAAGGGCAAGCCCGACCUGAACACGGCGCUUCCCGUGCGCCAGACGGCGUCCAUCUUCAAGCAGCCGGUGACCAAGAUUACCAACCACCCCAGCAACAAGGUCAAGAGCGACCCGCAGAAGGCGGUGGACCAGCCGCGCCAGCUCUUCUGGGAGAAGAAGCUGAGCGGCCUGAACGCCUUCGACAUUGCUGAGGAGCUAGUCAAGACCAUGGACCUCCCCAAGGGCCUGCAGGGGGUGGGACCCGGCUGCACGGACGAGACGCUGCUGUCGGCCAUCGCCAGCGCCCUGCACACGAGCACCAUGCCCAUCACCGGGCAGCUGUCGGCCGCCGUGGAGAAGAACCCUGGCGUGUGGCUCAACACCACGCAGCCCCUGUGCAAAGCCUUCAUGGUGACCGACGAGGACAUCAGGAAGCAGGAGGAGCUAGUGCAGCAGGUGCGGAAGCGGCUGGAGGAGGCGCUGAUGGCCGACAUGCUGGCGCACGUGGAGGAGCUGUCGAGAGACGGCGAGGCUCCGCUGGACAAGGCCUGCACUGAGGAUGACGAGGAGGACGAGGACGAGGAGGAGGAGGAGCCGGACCCGGACCCGGAGAUGGAGCACGUCUAGGGCAGGCGCUGCGGACCUCGGGGACUGCCUGGAGUCGCCCUGCACUGGAGCUGCCUGCCACACAUGGAGUGCCCCGUCUCCCCAGAAGAGCCCAGGCGUCCCCGUCCUGUGGAGUCGCUAAAGCCAGCCCUCCCUGUCCUUUCAGAAGCCCUGCCAAGAGCCCGUGCUGUGAGAGCCGCCUGCCGUUGUGGCCCUCGGUCCCACGUGGACCCGGCUCAGGGCCCUGGGGACGCCUGUGAGGAAGGCUGUGCUCCUGGCUCCCUCCUUGGCUGUCUUCCCUUCUCCGGGCCUCGGGGCACACAGCUGGGGCUGCCUCACCCGAAAGACCCUCCCUGCUCCCGUCUAAAGGGCCCAGGUCCCUCCUGGCUCCCCAUGACCUCAGGGCUUGAGGCCAGCUCCUCCCACGGCUGCUGCCCCCAGCUCCUUGAGACUGGAAUGUGGACACCCGGGAGGGUUUCUCAGUCUGAAGGCGUGGUUUUGAAGCGCACAUCACCCGCCGUGCGGCAGGAGGACGGGACUCUGGUCCUCUGUAGGGGAUGUCCAGGACGGCGCCACCCUCUGCCCUGCCACGCAGCUGCGGCACCACAGACCCUCACAGGCCAAAUGGCACGCCCGGGAGUCCAUGCUCCUUCAGUCAAUCUGUGACCGUCAAGGCCGGACGUGCACAUCACCAGGCGGCCUCUCUGCUGCCACAGGGACGCCAGCUGCUGCCAGCCCCCUGCCUCAGUUUCCCUUGUGUGAUGGGAACACAGGCACCCAGCUUUGAGGUGGUGCUGACGCUCCCAGGGUGUCAGGAGACACUUGGACAGGUCAGGUCUCCCAGGUGCUUACUGAGGUGCCCAGGUCUCUGGGGAGCUUCUGGUCUGAGGCCGUCUGAAGGGACUGACGUGCUCCUGAUGCCCCCAGUGCCUCGGCGAGGGCAGGUUCCAGGCUGCGGGGGCCUGAACCCUGGGCUCCUAGUAGGGGGAAUGGUUCAUUACCUGCAUUGACCUUAGGCCCGUCGAGAGGGCCUGUCCUGGCUCUGCCCCACCCGGGAUCUGGGAUCUGGUCGCUGCCUGGGGCAGACUGAUGGGCAGAGUCAGUGUCUGGGCUGUGACCCCUAAUGGUGCCUGACUGUGGGGGCCAAGGAAGUGCCCGUUGGGAGCCAGGCUCGCCACUCUGCCAGGUGCCCUGCAAGGACAACCACACGGCAGUGGGCUGGCGGCGGCUUGCUGCUCCUUGUCACACUCAAAGCACAAGUUUUCGGGAUGGGCUCAAGGGCUGGGCCCCCAAGGGACCCUCUAGGUGGGGACUGAGUCUUCCUGGGGUUGGUGCCCUCUGGCCGGGACCCUUUGCCAGCCCGAGGUCCUCAGGUGCUGUGGUGGGGUGGCCUCCCCUCUGUCUGCCUGGUGGAUGGAGCUGUGGGCGUGGGCACGUGACUGAAUAAAGCCACCUUGGGAUGUGCUUGGA